AUGGGGACUCCGGGAUCCUGCCCUGGCCCUGAAGCCUUCGGGGGCACUUCGUUCCUGUCGAUUCUGGUCCAGGAGGCCCUGCCCCGGAGGCCCUGUUCAGCCGGAGGCUUUCACACGGACCUGCGCUCCCAGCCCAACCUUCACUCCCAGCCCAACCUUUGCUCCCAGCCAGGUGGCCCUGCCCAGCGGGCCCAGGCCUGCGGCACGCCAGAUACUGCUUGGCGCCCAGGGCCUCACGUGGUGACCGUGGUCUCUGAGGUGCCCGCCUCGUGGGCCUCUUUGGAACAGACCCUGUGGAGCCCCCUGGCCCUGACCGUGGCCGCCCCAGGCUGGUCUAAUGACGAGCCACGCACCACGAGCGUCCGUGUGUGCCCCCGCCUCGGGGUCAGCCUCUGGCUGUGGCUGGGUGUCACCCUGGGACUCGGCCAGGUCGCCGCAAGCGGCCGCCUGAGGCUGGCGGUGCCGCCUGCGGGCCGGCUGCAGUGGAGGGAGUCGGAGGGGAGCAGCCUCGGCUCUACCUGGGACACCACCCCCACCCCAGGGGACCUGGAGCAGGAGGUCAUGCUGACUACCAAGACCCCCCAGGCCACGGUGGGGGGCCUGAGCCCCUCCCAAGGGCAAACCUUGCAGAUCUUCGAGCUCACGGGCUCAGGGAAGGUCCUGCUGGCUCGGAGGCAGUUUGUGAUCAAAGAUUUGAAGAGUAACUCUGUGGGUGUGAGUGGCCGGAGGCCACUGGGGGCAGCCCUGGAGCCCACCCCCUCCCACGUGGGGAGCCCAGCCCUUGAGCCGCCAGUGGCCUUGGCCCCAAGCCAAGGCCCCUCCUUCCCCGCCGGACCCCAGUUCCGCUGCACGUCCCCCACACCUGUGGACAUGACCUUCCUGGUGGAUGGGUCCUGGAGCAUUGGUCACGGUCACUUCCAGCAGGUCAAAGACCUCCUGGCCAGCAUCAUGGAGCCCUUUGAAGUCGGACCAGACAAAGUCCAAGUAGGUGGCCUGACUCGGUACAGCGGGGACUCCUCCCCUUCCAGGCCUGACUCAGUGCAGCGGGGACCCCAGACCGAGUGGGACCUGAAUGCCUUUGGCACCAAGGAGGAGGUGCUGGCCGCCGUGCGUGGCCUCCACUACAGAGGGGGAAACAGGUUCCCAGCUCUGCCUGGCCUGGCCCUGACGCGUGUGCCGGAGCAGAACCUGAAGCCCGUAGCGGGUCUCCGUCCGGAGGCGGCCAAGCUGGGGAUUCUGGUGACGGACGGCGAGUCCCAGGACGAUGCCCGCACUGCUGGCCACGUGCUCAAGGCUCUGGGCGUCCACGUUACUUUGCCGAGGGUCCUGCGGCCUCGGAGCCCCGGCCCGCUGUCUGCGAAUGGGGAGGCCGAGUCCCCGCUCCGAGGCAGCCACGGACCUCGGCAGGCACGGCACAGCCUGAGAGGGACCUUCGGGUGUCUAGCCCCACCUUCACAGCAGCCCGUCGCUCACGGGGGCCGGGUGAUCCCGUUCCGGGGCCUGUGGAGUCUCGGGUCUGUGGCUUGGGAAGGAGCCUCUGCCGGCUGGAUGCCUGGCAGGGGCCCAGUGGUCCUGGCUGCGCAACGGACAGCUCACCCCCACCCCGCGGCAGGCGUGAAGAACGCCGAUGAGGCUGAGCUGAGGCUCCCGGCGCCCCAGCCUGUGGACGUCACCGUCCACAGCGUGCAGGACUUCCCCCAGCCCGGCCGCCUCGUCUGCCAGGAGGUCCAGGGCAGGCGCCCGCACGGGGGCCCAGCCCCACCAGGGCCCGCCCACGCGGCCCUCAGGGCUCUGACGAUAGAGAAGGACCCGCCCCUGCCGGGUCUCCACAGCGACAUCCACCCGGCCACCCUCCCCACGGAACACACGUCGGAACACACGGUCGUCUGCCGCCUGCACCUGCUCCCCGAGGCUCCCCGCGAGGUGUUCGCGCUGCGGCAGGGGGCGGCCGAAGACUUCCAGCCCGUCCUGGGGGUCCUGCUGGACGCCAGCAGGAAGUCGUUGACCUACUUCAACCGUGACCCCAGGGCCACCUUGCAGGAGGUCACCUUCGACCUGCCCAAAGCGAGGAGGAUAUUCUUUGGGAGCUUCCACAAGGUGCACGUAGCUGUGGGCCGCUCCAAGGUCAGGCUCUACGUGGACUGCUGGAAGGUGGCUGAGAAGCCCACAGGGGAGGCCGGCAGCCUGCCCACCGCCGGCUUUGUCACGCUGGGGAGACUGGCCAAGGCCCGGGGCCCCCGGAGCAGCUCGGCCUCGUUCCAGCUCCAGAUGCUACAGAUUGUGUGCAGUGACUCCUGGGCAGAGGAGGACAGGUGCUGCGAGCUCCCGGCUUCGAAGGAUGGAGAGACCUGCCCUGCCUUCCCUUCUGCCUGUGCGUGUUCCUCGCAGACCCCUGGGCCCCCGGACCCCCAAGGACCUCCUGGCCACCGCGGGAGGGACGGAGCCCCAGGAGAGCAGGGCUUCCCAGGGCCUGGGGGAGAGCCCGGGCCACCCGGACGGACGGGACCCGAGGGUCCUGGAAGUCAGCAGGGGUCACCAGGCACCCAGGGCCGAUCCAUCCAGGGACCCGUGGGUCCACCAGGGGUCAAAGGAGAGAACGGGGACCGUGGACGCCCCGGCUUUCAGGGCCACCCCUGCCUCCAGGGCACCCCUGGGAAGCUUGGCGUCCAGGGACCAAAGGGAAUGAGAGGCCUGGAGGGGACUGCUGGCCUGCCCGGACCCCCUGGCCCUAGGGGCUUCCAGGGCACGGCGGGGGCCAGAGGCAGCAGCGGGGAGCGAGGAACCCCGGGGGCUCUGGGGCCCACGGGGCUGCCGGGGCCCAAGGGGGAGCGAGGAGAGAAGGGCGAGCCACAGUCCUUGGCCACCAUCUACCAGCUCGCGGGCCAGGCCUGCGAGUCUGCCAUCCAGACGCACGUGCUGAAGCUCCACGCCUGCACCCACGAGAGCACCCGGCCCCCCGUGCCCAUCUUGGAGGUCCCCGGGGCCUUCAGCACGCGCAGCGAGGCCCGGCUCCCUGGAGAGGGUGGGCACGGUGGCCCCCGCCCUGAGGACAGAGGACGGUCCCCCUGCUGCCCCAAGUGA